GAACCGUCCACAUUUUUUGGGUGGGUGGGUGUAUAAAGGACAUUCAGUUUACUAAGUCAUUAAAUGAAUGAAUGAACAUUCUAUACAUUAUUUCAAAAAAUUGUUUCACUACGUGACCGGACCACCCCAAAAUACAUUUGUUUAAAAAGUAGCUUUUGUUUCACUUACCCCCGUGGUGCGUUCAAGUGCCUUUCUUAACACCCACCCACCCACCCACACGAGCACCUCCAGAGGCACCAGCCGGGUCAGUAAUGUGGUUUCCCUCUUCGAGGUCGGACCGAGUCAACGUAACCCAACCCAACGAGAACAUGACGAGUCGAAUGAUAGACGGGAGGUUCGAAGGAGUACACGGGGUCAAGUGUUGCUAACGGGACGACAUUUCUUUCUCCCACGCUGGACAACAAACAGUUUGAGCUUCAUUGAAACCAGGUGUUUUGCAGUGCCCCUUUUCUUCACGAGUCCUCAGCGAUGGCCGCCGUCCGACCGAGCGCGGAGAGGCAGCGCGGCGAUGAAGCCGAGGACCCCGACGGCGGCUGGGGCUGGGUCCUGGUCGCGGCCCUUUUCGUCAGCACCAGCCUGGUGUUCGGGCUCAUGCGCGGCCUGGGUGUCUUUUUCGUGGAGUUCGUGCAGUACUUCGAGGAGAGCGCCCAAGCCAUCUCGUGGAUCUCGUCCACCGGCCUGGCGGCGCAGCAGUUCUUCAGCCCGCUGGGUGCAGCCUUGUCCAACGCGUACGACACGCGCCUGGUGGUGAUGGCCGGAGGUUGCCUGGCGGGGGUCGGCUUCAUCCUGGCCUCGCAGGCCACCUGUCUGCUUCACCUCUACCUCACCAUGGGCCUCAUUUCAGGGUUGGGCUGGGGCCUGGUCUUCACGCCCAUGGUGGCCACGGUCAUGGCGAGCUUCACCCGCCGCCGCACUUUUGCCCUGGGGUUGGCGUUCUCCAGCAUCGGCCUGGCUUCGUUCAUGUUCAACCCGCUCUUUCAGUUCCUGGUGGAGACGUACGCCUGGCGGGGGGCCCUGCUUGUCCUGGGCGGGCUCAGCCUCAACAUCGUGCCGUGCGGGGCGCUCAUUCGUUCGCGGCGGCGGACUAAGGGCCCGGCGAAGGAGGAGGCCCAGGGCACGUCGGCAUGCGGCGGCACGCUGCGGCGGGUGGCCUCCUACUUGGAGCUGCCGCUGCUGUGCGAGAGGCCGUUCGUCACCUACACCAUCGCCAUCACGUUCCUCAACGUCGGCUACUUCGUGCCCUACGUCCACCUGGUGGCGCACAGCCGAGACUCCGACUUCUCCGAGUACCAGGCCGCCUUCGUCGUGUCCGCCGCCGGCGUCGCAGACAUCUUCGGCCGCGUGGCCUCGGGCUGGUUCUCGGACCUGGGCCGCUUUCGGCUCAUCCACCUGCUGAGCUUUUGGACGGCGCUGACCGGGCUGUUCAUCAUGCUGCUGCCCGUGAGCACCCUGUGGGGCUCCUACGUCGGCCUGGUGGCCGUCAGCCUUCUGUACGGCUUCUGCGCGGGGGCGCUGACCUCGCUGGCCUUCACGGUGGUGCCGAUCGUGGCCGGCGCAGAGCGCGUGAUGGGUGCGCUUGGGCUGGUGCAGCUUAUCGAGAGUUCUGCGGGACUCCUGGGAACGCCUCUGUCAGGGCUCCUCCGGGAUGUCACAGGCGACUACAUGGCCUCCUUCAUGGUGUCGGGCUCCUUCCUCAUCCUCAGCACGCUAACCAUGGCCACGCUGCCGCACUAUUUCUCCCGCACGGAUCCGGAGUUUCCGGCAACGGCGGAGAACGCGGAGGCCCAGCGCCUCAGCUCGGAGACGGACGGGACGAAUGCCUUGGCUGCUGACGCCACUGACUGAGGAGCCAGUCAGCGCAAAUCCCCGACUCACAAAAAAGUCCGGAAUAUUGGGCUUUGUGAAGAGACCAGGUCAAAUGAAGUUACCCAUGAAGGUUCUACAGUGGUCCAUUUCAGGUUGACUGUGAAAACUGAACAUUAUUUUUGUGAACUGUGGUUAUGUAUUGGGGGGCCCUGGUUGGAUUUAGUCUUAUUUCAUCAUCAUGUUUGCGCAUUCUAGCUGAAAAGGAGUAUUUGGUAAUUGUUGUUAUGAGUAGAAUGCGAAACUGUUGUAGAUUGUAGGUGGGAAAUCAUUGUCGUGCAAAUGAUUUCAAGAGAGAGACCAAAAGUUUAAAAAAAAAUAACAAAGCACUUUAGGCGCACCCCUCACGCUCAGGAAUCCAAGACUGCUGUUACUCAAGUGCCUUUUCUUUCAGAGACCAAAACCUAUCUGUAAUUUUGGGAACUAAUAAAACAUAGGACUGGUUGUGA